AUGGUCUUUUCUGCAUUCCGAUUACGCUUUGUACAGCUCCUUCUGGUCGCAUUCGGAGUUGCCUUCAUCCUUUUCAACCUACGAGAGAGCAUUCACGGCGCGGACGCCCCUACCCAGCAGGUCUGGAGCAACUAUCAUGAUUGGGAUAACUUCGAUGCCAUCGGAAACGAAACCCUUGGGUUUCAAAAAGUCUUCGCCAUCAACCUUGUCAGCCGGCCUGACAAGCGGGACAAUAUCGUCCUAGGCUCUUCCGUCAGCAAUUUCCACGUCGAUUGGAUUGACGGCGUGACUCCAGGUGAAAUAGAUGCUAAAUCAUAUCCAUAUAACUGGGACCAUGGCCAUAAACCGACCGAGUACGCUGCUCGACGGGCGCAUAUCAACGGACUCCAGCGAAUUGUCCAGGAGAGAUUAGCGAGUGCGAUUAUCAUGGAAGACGAUGCCGACUGGGAUGUCUCAAUCAAAGUGCAGCUACAGAGCUUCGCUCACGCCGUCCGAACCCUCCAGCUCCAGCUUCGACAUAACCGGAAAGUCCCAACUCAGUCGCCAUACGGCGACGACUGGGACAUCCUCUGGCUAGGCCACUGCGGCGUGUCAUGUAAGACUGAUCUGCCAUUCUACCUUACACCGAAUGAUCCGACCAUCCCAAUGCCCCAUCGCUUUCUCCCCCUGUGGCGCGACCCUCCGGUCUUCGAGGGCCACGAGCGACCCGAUCACAGUCGACUUACGUGCACAGCAAACGACGCCGCCUGCUCAAUGUUCUAUGCUGUGAGCUACCGCGGUGCGCAACGGAUCCUCGCGGCGCUGUCGGUAAAUCCGUCUGGUCUUGCGGAAGAAAUUGACAUUGGUGCGCAGUUUGACGUCUCGCUCGGACGCAUGUGUGGUAAUGGUUUUUUGCGGUGCUUUGCACCUUACCCAUCGAUCACGGGGGGCUUCCAUCAGGCAGGAUCGAGAGCAAAGUCCUCCGAUAUCCACGAAGAGACCGGCGACGGAGAGGGCUUUUUUAGCUGGGGGGUGAAGUACAGCACAAUGCUUAAUAUCAACCGUAUCCUGAAGGGGGAACGGACCGUUCAUGCAACAUGGGACGACGUGGAUGUGUUGGAUGUUAUUCCUGAAGAGAUCACGAUGGAAAAGGGGGCUGUUUACGUCCCUCAGCCCAGGAACUAG